AUGUUCUGCGAGCAGGUGUGGCACACGGUGCCGACCACUUGUGCAGACAUGUACCGCGAAACCUCGUGGUGCGACGUUCAUGUCAUCUGGAGCGAGGAACUCUACCAGCUGCGUCUGCGAGAGGAGUGUCAGGAUCCUGCUGCGGAUUCUCCGUACACGGCAGAUCCCAUCUGGGUCACAUCAGGGCGCGCCCUGCCGGCGGAGAAUGUCGAGAACCUGACGGCUUUUCCGUUUCUGGCAGGACACAAUGUCUCUGUGGCCCUUGACUGGGAUGCUGGUGAAGCGAACGACUGCGUGUUCACAGGAUGGGAGUUGGAGUUGCGACCCGCAGAUGGCGAGUGGUUCUUGGCAGAGGAAUGCAUCAGCUCGCUCUACGAGGAUGUGAACUGUACGGUUACCGAAGGCCUGCAGUCCGAGACCACCUAUGACACAAGGGUGCGCUCCUACUGCCUCGACCUGCUGUCGAAGGGCAACUGGACGGAAGUGCUUGAACUGGCCGGAGUCCUGAGUCUCCAGUAUAGCAUAGCCGGAAGGCGUCAGAUGAGAUUUUCCAUGGAACCCCAGGAUCCAUGGGACUGUGCCUUCGUGGCAUAUGUUGGCGAGCUUAGCGAGGCUUUCCGGACUCGGAUUGGCGCCCGGCCAACGAGUCUCGGCUGUGCAUGCCAGCUGCUCGAGUUGGCGCAGAGUGCCUAUUGGACCGGUCUGGACCUGUUGAUGUCCAACACCACGUACAAGGCCGAGGUCUGUGCAGAAGCCAUGAACACCACCCUGACGUUGAACCCAGACGCCGUCCGGAGUGUGCAAGUGGUGUUCCGCUCAGAGACGCACGCUCGUGUGAACUUCCUAUCUGGGGAUCAGCCGGGGGACUGCAACGCAGAAGAUUGGCUCUUCGAGUACUACAACGAGUCAUGGCAGUUCGCGGCCUUCUGCACCCGGGUGCCUGGUGCACGAAGAGUCCAGCAGUGCCAUCUCGAGUUGAGCAUGCUGGAUGAGGAGAGGGAAUACUGGAUGAGGGUCCAGGAGCUCUGUGUUGGCGGCCUCCAGGCGCCCCGCGUGAACUUCACGCUGCCUGCUUGGGAGGCAGAGAAGGAUGUAUCCAACAUGUCGAACCGCAGCAACAUGAGCGAGAUGGAGGAGGAGGAAGACGAAUGGUGGGAGUCGAACUACAGUAACUACAGCAUGGAGAAUGUGACAAUGAUGAACAUGACAGGACAUAUGGAUAUGGGAAUGAACAUGUCCGAGAACAACAUGUCUGAGCCAAACAUGUCCGAGCCAAGCAUGACGGAGAUGAACAUGAGCAUGGCUGAGAUGAAUGCAUCUGAUUCGAACAUGUCUGAAAUGCAACAGCCAGAGAUGAACGAGACUCCGAUGAACGAGUCAGACGUGGGCGGGUAUGCCGCAGACAUGAACGACACGGAUACGGAUGAGAACGACACGGAUGUGAACGAUUCGGAGAUGAACGAAACCGACAUGGCCGAGUGGGAAAACAGCUCCUACGAAAAUGGCUCCAACGACAGCCAGGACAUGCAAGCAAUGAGCGCGUCCUGCAGUCAAGAGCUGCUUUCUCUGCUCGGUCGGGUGGAUGCGCUGGCGAUCCUUGCUUCAGCGGCCCUGUCCGAGGUCGCAUUGCAGCUAAAGGUAGCAAUGGAGGGGCGGGGCUGCGCAGUCGCAGCCGCUGUGGAAGGCUGCUCGAGGGUGGAACCACCUAGGGUGAGACACGUUCAGGUGGUCCUCAUCCUAGGCGACUCGCCCAAAGAUCCGGAUGCCUUCAAUCCGCAGGGCAAGCUGGGCGCAGCGGCGGGGCUGGCAUUUGCAGCCAUCGCCUCCGGUGCUCCUGUGAGGGCCCUGGGAGGAACCACUGGCUUGGAAGAUGUUAGGAGCCUUAUCGAGGAUCUGAAGCAGCAUCCACUUCCGUCAGCCGUCGAAUCCCAGCACAGAUGGGCUGAGACUUUGGCUGCGGCUCUUGCAGAUGACGCAGAGCAGCUGGAGGACUCAUUGGAAUCGUGGCCUGAGCUCCUGGUAUGCCGGGACAGCACAGGCGACACCUUGUUGCACCGAGUUGCUUCGGCUGGUGCCCUGGAAGCUGCUUGCCUCCUCAUCGAGCGUGGUGCCGACGCAAACCUCCGGAAUGGAGAUGAGGCAACCGCCGGCGAUCUGGCCUUCCGUGCAGGCAGACAGACAGUCUUCGAAGCUCUUGUCAUGCACCGGGUUUCCUGCAUCAGACGCGAGCAGGAGCCGCAGGAGCCCCCUCUCAAGCGCCAGACACUCGAAGCUCCAGAUCACUAUCUCAAGCAAGACUUGCGGUACGAGGAUAAGAGGCUUCUGGAUGCCAACUCGAAGGCUGUAAUGAUGGGAUGGGAGGAGCCCUUGAUGAAACGGCACGCCGAGCUCCUCUUACCGGCGGCAGGGCUUCGCGUGGCCAACGUCGGAUUUGGCUUGGGACUUGUAGACGGCUUCCUGUCCAAGCGAGGGCCAAGCGAGCAUCACAUCAUCGAAGCUCACAAAGAUGUGCUCGCAGAGAUGAAGCGCCGCGGUUGGCAUGAGCAGCCUGGCGUGUUCAUACACGAAGGACGCUGGCAAGAGAUCAUUCCAAAGCUCAAAAGCAGCUCUCUGGACGCAAUCUUCUUCGACACCUGGUCAGAAACUUACGAGGACCUUCGCCAAUUUCAGGAGGAGCUGCCGCGAUUGCUAGCUCCUGGAGGAGCCUUCUCGUUCUUUAAUGGAAUGGCGCCCUACAGUAUCGCUGAGCACGCUGCUUUCUGCCGGCUGGCGCAGGAAGAUCUCCAUUCCAUGGGUCUUCCGUGCGACAUCUGUAAGAUCGAGUUGGGUGGGCUGGGAGACGAGACCUGGCACGGGGUUGCAGAGCGCUACUGGCAGUUUGACAGCUAUUAUCUGCCUCUGGCAAGGAAGGCUUCCUCACCCUCUCCGCCCACUCGAGAACUUUCAGAGGCGGCAUGGCCCUGGCGGCUCUGGCCCCAGUUUCCCGUUUCCGUAGGAGACGAGCUGGGCAAGCGCCUGCCACGAACAGAAUUUGGGCUUUCGGACUGA